GAGGCAAACAGGCUAGAGGAGUCCGCGGUGUGCUUCGAGAAGAGCGCGACGCUAGGCGGCGGAUGUGGGGUGGGCAUGUUGAUGUGGGGCCUCGCGCAACGACAUGGUUGGGGGUGUGCGAAGAAUGAGCAGGCGGGGUUCCGCUGGCUGAGGCGCGCCGCGGAGGUCGCGGUGGAUGACCUCGAGCGCGCGCGGAAGGGCAUGGACACGAGCCCAGUGAAGUCUGAGCUUGUGCUGGCGAUAUACGAGGUGGGGCAGAGCUUCUUUCAGGGGUGGGGAGUAGAGAAGGACAAGAAGAUGGCAGUGUCGUACUUCCGAGUGGCAGCCCGUCUGGGUGAUCCCGAUGCGCAGCAAGAGCUGGGAUUCUGCCUUGCGAAUGGCAAGGGGUGCAAGAAGGACAAAAUGGAGGCCGCGAAAUGGUAUAGAGCAGCGGUUGCGCAAGGCGUGAGCGAUAUCGGUUUGACGUGGAUUUACAAAGACAAGUAUCAAUAGCGACCGGCGCAGUGCCUAACCAUGCAGUGAUAGUGUUUGCCCAUUCGUUCUUUCAUCGCAUCUUCACCUUCCUGGGACUAUCUCUGAUACCCAUAUACCAUUCAUAUGCUGUAUCCUUACUCUCUGAGCCGCCCACUCCUUCUCUAUGUAGUCUAAUUCAGAUCGCACAAGAUAAUUUUCCGCCGC